AUGGCAGUAUCAGCAACAAUUCUUAAAACAAAAGCCAGAGAACUUGCUGAAAAAAUUAAUAUAAAUGGAUUUCGUAUGCAACCUAAUAAGUCACUAAAUCUUCAAUCAGGGACGUGUAUAGGAAUGCACAGUAAAAUUCGUCUUACAGGAAUGGUCGCAGCAAGUCCAACAGGUGAUAAAAUUCCUAUGUUUGUAAUAGGUAAAUCAAAAUCAACUCGCUGCUUCAAAGGAAUUAAGCACUUACCUUGCAGAUACAGAAAUCAAAAUAAAAGCUGGAUGGAUAGCGUACUGUUUGAAAAGUGGAAACGAAAAAUGGAUACAAAGAAUUUCCGAAGAACAGCAGAAAUCUGCUAUUCGGAUGAAGAUAACGAUCCCUUUAAAGAGGUUCAAAAUCAGAUAGAAAAACUUGAUAAUUUUUACCCUCCAGGUACAACAGCUGAAGAUGUUAUUUUUGCAGAUGAAAACUUAAUUAGCGCAGAAACUUUACUUACAGAUGAACAGUUGAUAGAAGAAGUUAAAAAUGCAGCGAAUGAACAUGACGCUAAUGACGAGGAAGAUAAUGAUGAUGAUAAUGCAACGGAUCCAGUUUGCCCAAAAGUUAGUGAUAUUCGGGAGGGACUGCAAGUGUUGUAUGACUAUAUACCCUUCAGUCUUAUGGGCGAAGAUUUGCAACAAAAGCUCAAUGCAGUCUCGAUUAUAUUCGAUAGAGACGUUUCUUCAAAACUAAAACAGAGUGACAUUAUAACAUUUUUCAAUUUAUAA